UAAAUACACUUCCCCAAACCCAAUCAUCAAAUCAAUUUCGGCAGAAAAGGAAGAAGACAAACAAAAACAAUGACAGAGUUAUAUGUUUCUCUAUGCAUCUCAAACUACUCAAACAUCGCAUCACACUUUCCUCCGACAUACAACAACAACAUCCCGUCGAAGAAAGUAAUCUCUUUGGUCUCUCGAACCGGAAGAGAUCUGCAACGCUACAACACCACAGGGUAUCGUCAAGUCGUCGGAUGUAUACCGUACAGAUACAAGAAACACGGUGGUGGUGGAGAGAUUGAAGUUCUUUUAAUAAGCGCACAGAGGAAAGGGAAAGGAAUGUUAUUACCUAAAGGUGGUUGGGAGAUUGACGAAUCAAUUGAGGAAGCUGCUUUGAGAGAGACGAUAGAGGAAGCUGGUGUUACGGGACAGCUCGAGGAAUCACUUGGGAUGUGGCAGUACAAAAGCAAAAGAGACAACAUGAUGGUUCACGACGGAUACAUGUUUCCUAUGCUCGUUAGCGAGCAGUUUGAGAUUUGGCCCGAAUCUGGGUUUAGACAACGGAAGUGGGUUUGUUUGUCUGAAGCGAUGGAGUUGUGUCGGAAUGGGUGGAUGAGAGAAGCAUUGGAAGUGUUCAUUAACCGGAAAUGCCAAGGAUGAUGGCAACUUUUGAUUGUAAUUAAAGAUUUAAUAGGAGUGGGUAAAGAGCAGGUCAAAGUUAAAGUCUUGUGAUUAGGUAGGCAGGGUAUUUAGUUUAGAUAGACUCAUUUGAAAUCCACUAGUUGUUUGAAAUCUUUGGCUUUCAUGUAACUAAUCUGUAUAUAAAAUGAAUCAGCAAUCUUCUUGAUCUUGAAUAAAUCGACUGCAAGGCCUGUUAUUUUA